GUUCAAACAGAACAAGAUGUUAACAUGAGCAUUGUGCAAUUUGAUAGGAAAGUAUUUGAGACCCAUUGUUUAUGUGAUGCGUUUUGCACUCAAUUGCAAAACUUCAUUUAUUUUGUAUCUGCAACAAAAAAAAAAAAAAAGAAAAAAAAAAAAGAAGAAAUCUGACAACUUCUUUCAAUGGGUUGACCAGGAAACAGCCAUCUGAUGCAGAUGUUUGGCUGUCUCUACAUACAUAUAAAUGCAAAAGAGACUUCAUGACUCUUUCUCGAAGCAUCAUGAGCUGACUGCGAGGUCCAAGCAACUCUGCCUGGAUGUUUCUGCUGGUUUGGAUUUCUUAUCUCUGUGACUGACUGCGGGCUGAACCUCCACACCAUUUCAUCAUUGAAGCGAGGUGCUCCGACUAGCCAGUUUUAUCCCAGUUACACCCAAGUGACCUGUGACUUCAGACUGAAAUGCGAUUGAAAGAGGCAUCAUUGAGCCUAACCCUCUGAAAACACCCACCUGAAUUCUCUGCACUCAACAGAACAGCCCAAGGAUAAACCCUCCCAUAAAUCCUAUGUGACUGACGCUGUAGGAGCCUGAUUUUUUUGGUAAGAGUUACAUCAUGUGUUCCUUCUGGGCAUUAGAGGACAACAUGUAGAGAAGAAACUCAGGGUCCUGCAAUUAUGAUUGAUUGGAUGGAUUGGAGAGUAAAUGGAUAGCUGGGCUUUUCUGAUACAGCCACCCUUACACUGCUGUCUCACCUACAGAGAAAGUAUCGUAGAGAAAGGCACAGCUCCACUCAGAUGGUCAGUCACGUUUUCUCACCACCCAAGAGACAUGGAUCUUGGAGAGGUUGUUGUGGCUGAACGUCCUGGUGAGAGGCAGUUGUAUGAGGAGCAGAAGCCAAGAGGCCAGGACCUGCUGGGGAGAAGCAGAAAUCGGAUCCACCAAGUUUUCGGGUAUCUCACAGGAGAAAUGAAAGAAUACGGAGAGUGGAUGAAAAAUAAGCCCCUAAUGGUCCAACUGGUGGACUGGAUUUUGCGAGGCACCUCUCAGGUGAUGUUUGUCAAUAACCCGCUCAGCGGGCUGAUCAUUUUAGUGGGGAUCUUCAUCCAGAGCCCCUGGUGGCUGCUCACCGGCUGUACUGGAACGACUGUGUCGACAUUAACUGCACUGGCCCUCAGUCAGGACAGAUCCGCCAUUGCAGCUGGGCAGCAUGGCUACAACGGGAUGUUGGUGGGAGUGCUCAUAGCCAUCUUCUCUGACAAAGGGGAUUACUACUGGUGGCUUCUUCCUCCUGUGGCAGUUAUGUCGAUGGCCUGUCCAAUCCUGUCCAGUGCUUUGGGAUCCAUCUUCAGUAAAUGGGACCUUCCUGUUUUCACUCUGCCCUUCAAUAUUGCGGUGACUUUGUACUUGGCAGCCACAGGACACUACAACACCUUUUUCCCUACAACCCUCAUCAAGCCUGUAGCAUCAGCGCCCAAUAUCACCUGGUCUGCAAUCAAUGUGCCACUGCUCUUGCAAUCCAUCCCAGUUGGUGUUGGUCAAGUGUAUGGUUGUGAAAACCCCUGGACUGGAGGCGUCUUCCUUGUUGCUUUACUUAUCUCCUCCCCACUUAUUUGUUUACAUGCUGCAAUUGGAUCGACAGUGGGGAUGUUUGCAGCAUUGAGCAUUGCGUCACCAUUUGACAGCAUCUACCUUGGCUUACACAAUUACAACAGUGCACUCGCGUGCAUUGCAACUGGGGGCAUGUUCUAUGCCCUGACCUGGCAGAGUCAUCUUCUGUCACUUGCCUGUGCAUUAUUUUGUGCCUACUCUGGAGCAGCUCUUGCUAAUGCCCUAUCUGUGCUUGGGCUGCCACUCUGCACCUGGCCUUUCUGCUUCUCUGCACUUCUCUUUUUGCUGAUAAAUUCAGAUGACCCAGCCAUCUACAAAAUCCCCCUCUGCAAAGUCACCUACCCGGAAGCCAACAGGAUCUACUACCUGAGAAUGAAGAGAAGAGCAUCAGAGAGCAGGAGAGAAGAACAGAAACAAAAGGAGCAGAAACCCUCCUGCGACUCAAAAAUAAGCACAGGAGGCACCCCUCUAUGCACCCCCAAAAACCGCCAUGCUUACUGAUUUCAAUUGUCAACGAAUGUACAGUUUUGGGGCAGUUUUUCAGAUGCUAGCCAAAAACAAAAUAGCCACAAACACCACUUUUGGCAGCAGUCUGAAGGCUACGGAUUCAGCAUCCCACGCUCCGGAGGAAACACAAUUUGCCCUUGAGCUGAGCUUUCCAAAAAGCACUCAGGUAACAAAAUAACACUGCCUUAUCAAUCCACAUGCUGUUAAUGUGAAAGUCACCUCUUAUCAAUAAUAAUUGUAAGAAUAGGCAGAAGAACAUUAACUCUGAGAAGAGGCUGUAUUUAAUUUCAGACGUGUAAUUUAAGAAAAUAAAUAUGCUGAGAAGGACUUGAUAUCUAAUCAUAAUAAAUAAUGUAAGAACUACUCCAAGAGCUGCACUUCAAAUUAAGAAAACGUAUAUUUGAAAGUGGAAUAAACAGAGUGAUUUCUUA